AUGUCCACGCAGGAAGACGAAGUUGAACGUCGCGCGGAAGCAGGAAGAAUCGAGAACGGAAAUAUGGAGAGACUGAAGAGAACUCGAGGUGGAAACAGGGCAGUAAUUACGAGGUUCGAGCGAGAAGCGACUUUGAUAAUACGAGAUCAUGGUGAUGCCCUUACCACGGAAAUCCUAGCGAAGCUGGAUUCGAUUUUGUCUGUUCUUCAGCAGAAAAGGAGGCUGUUGUGUAACUUGAACGAUGAAAUUUUGGCAAAAUGUCAUAUUGACGAAAUAGAGAAAGAAAUCGAAGAAUCAGCCGAGAUUGAUGUGAAGAUCGAGGAAAUUAUAUCGAGAAUUGGGGCUUGCAAAAGGGGUACUGUUGUUGGAGCUUUACACGGACUUGCUGAACCGACUGGAGUUUCUACACCGACACCCGCUAUUCGAAAUGAAUUGACGACCGAUGCAACGCCCUUCGCACCGGCAAAUGGACAGCUGAAUAGGAGUGGUAGCUCCUCACGUUCGGAAAAUAUUGGUGUAAAGCUGCCUAAAAUUAAUUUGCCUAAUUUUUCUGGCGAUGUGACGAAGUAUCAAGCCUUUUGGCAAAGCUUUCAGUGUGCUGUGCAUGAAAAUGAACAGAUAUCGGCGGUUCACAAAAUGAACUAUCUAAUGCGAUCACUUGAAGGAACUGCAUUUAAAGCCUUGGAGGGGCUGGCAAUUACCGAAGAGAACUAUGAGCAUGCUAUAAACAUUUUGCAGACAAGAUUUGGAAAUCCACAGCAAAUAAUUAGCGCUCACAUGCAGGCGCUGUUAAAUUUGCAAAGUUGUCCAAGUUCCUCUGAAAAUAAACUGAGUGGAACGGAGAGAGUAAACCGUACGCACUAUAAUGUAUAUAGUACCAAAUGGUACAGGCUGAUCAUGCGGACCUAG